GGAACCGACACGAUGACGGAGAGGAUUCUGGCCAGCCCAGAGAGCCUCAUCAAGUAUCUCAAGCUGGACAAUGAGAUACGGCUGACGAGAGAGCAUGAGGCGCGCAUCAAAAGACUGCACUUGGAGAAUCGAGCGGCGCUGGAGAGGGCCUUGGCCAGGUUCGACAGCGCUGGGUUGCGUCGACCACUGGCGCCACACGCUGCACUUCGUCGGGCGGGCAAUUUUCUCAAAGAUGUCGAUGAAGCACUCUCGAGAGGAAACGCCGCUCAUCUUUCGCCAUCUCCCCCUUCCUCUCCCUCUCCAUCCUCUUUCUUUUCUCCUUCUCCCCUCUUGCCCGGCUCAAAAUCGAUGGCUACGCGACGGGGCUCAAUAACAAGCACGCCAGAGCCUGCAGAGACGCCCAAUAUUCCAUCCAAUGCACCAUCAAUAUGUGACCUGUCCCCAAGCCAAUCACCUGACGACCAAGACCAUACCCACGAAUCGCCACCCAUUGCAUCGUCUGAAUUUGGCGACCUCUCCCUCGACAGCAAGCUCCUCGAAGUUGACCUUGACAUGGCUAGCGGAGGUCUCGAGGAAGAGAAGGAAGACAAACGCGGUACGCGGCGCCCUCGUAGCCCAGAAGCAACUGCCCCAAUAGCCUUCAAGAAUUUCAACAGUCCAGAGAAGCGUGCGCGCGUUAAAUGCGAUGGUGUCAAGCCCCAAUCACCUGCCAGAGAUGCUCGCCAAACAGAGGCUGGCAAGGUAAACGAGCGACUGGCGAAGCAAAAGAGAGAGAUUAAGACGACCGUGCCACACAAUGUCAACGUCGUCGGCUCACGCAAAGAGAUGGAGCUGCUACACGGUCUCAUGCACAACCACUCAUACGAGCCCAUCUGCUUUGGUGCCCAUUACUAUUUCACUAUGCUGGUCUCGCGAAACAUCGUUAGCUGGGACACGAUCCAUCUUCCUUCGCUCAACGCGCUCCGAGGGCUCAGCAACCGAGAAGCUGCUGCGAGGCUCCAGGAGCCGCCAUUCAACCUCAUGCCCCUCGACGCUUCAGCGUUCGAGGACCUGGACAAGGAGGAGGAAGCGCUCCAGAGGCACGGCAUCUGCGUCGAUACGGAAAAGGGCUGGUGCGGUGGCAGAGUCUUUUUCACCGGUACCCUCGGACCAGAUCCUGGUUGUCCAGAUGACUUCACAGUGAAGCUGGAUCCCCCCAGAUGUGCACAUAGCACCAGGUUCUCUCGGCGGUUCGGGAGCGCACGGUUCCUGCGCAUCAGACUUCACCACACAGCGAUGACAACGCCAAAUCGCAAUUCUCUCAAAGUCUUCCUCACCAAGGAUUUCUUCCUCGCCGGUAGACGCUAUCGUCCUCUUCUCCAGCGCGACGACACCAUUUUCCUCUUCAAUAUCGACGACGAUAUGCCUUCGAUCGCGAGCUUCCUUGACUGGCACGGUCCUUUCGCUCAAAAUGGGUCGACAAAGCUUCUGAAGUACCUUCAGCGCCUCGUUCUCGGCUUUUCUUCGAGCAUUGCGGGCCCGACGCUACCGCCCGAGUCAGUCUCGUUUGAGCGAGACAUUGUCGCACCUACUGGCCAGAUCAUGACCGAUGGCGCAGCAGCCAUCAGUGAGGAAGCAUUGCGAGCGGUGACAGGAGCUGCAGGAUGGGAAAGGCCUCCUGCUGCCUUCCAGGCGCGCUUCGCGGGUGCCAAAGGCAUGUGGUACGUCGAGCCGCAAAGCGCGCCAGGCAUGCACCUGUCGAUUCGCGACAGUCAGCUCAAGCUCAAGCGGCCCGAGCCAUGCUCAGAAGACCCAGCACUCAACACCAUCGAUGUCCUGUCGCCGGCCCAGGUCUCGUGGCCAAGCACGCUGAGCAAGCAGAUAGUUCUCGUCCUCGCACACAACGGCGUCAGCUACGAGACGCUAAUCGAGCUACAAAGCGUGUCGCUGAGGCAGGUCACCGACCAGCUCAGCUUCGACCGUACGUGCACUGAAUUGGUCAGAGCGGUCGACAAGUUCGGCAACGUCUCCAACAACCGCAACAAUCGCAACCAGCUUGACGCAAGGGCAAGGGGGUUGAAGAGCAGACUCGAGGACCAGCGUGAUCGAGACGGCAAGGAAGAAGAGGACGGCGAGCUGUUCACCACGCCAAAAUCAAAGUUGGAGAAGUGCUACGAGAUGCUCUUGGCCGGUUUUCAUCCUCGCCAAUCGGCCUAUCUCGCCGAUCAGAUGGUCGACGCGACCAGGGAUAUCCUGCAUCGGGCGCUCAACAAAUUCCAGAUCAAGGUACCAAGGAGUGUAGAGGUCAUUGUCAUCCCCGAUCCCGUGGGAGUACUCGAAGAGGGCGAGGUGCAACUCACAUUCAAUUCCUCCAAGAUGCCGAGAGACCCUGACUCUGGCGUCGACAUUCCGGCUCUUGAAGGCGACGUCCUUGUUACCAGACACCCGUGCUUGACUCCGGCAGACUGUCGCAGAGUCAGAGCGACGACGUACAAAGCUUUAGAGCGCUACUCUGGCCUGAUUGUCUUCAGCACGAAAGGCGAUCGAUCUCUCGCUGAUGUUCUCUCCGGCGGCGACAUGGACGGCGACACUAUACGUGUUAUCUGGGAACCGACGAUCGUCGAAGGGUUCAAAAACGUCGAUCUCGAGCGAUGUAAGCCUAGCAUCAGCCUCGACGACGCCUUUCAUCGCGACGAGCGAACUCUCGAUUCGUUCCUCCAAACGUCUGGAGACGGCGAGGAUCGAGAUGUAGCGCUCGUUCAGAUUGUCACACAGAACGUGUUUGCAAUGGACCUCGUCGGCGUCUAUGGGAAUCUGACGCUGUGCUCUGCCUACAAGAAUGGUUUGCAGCAUCAGGAUACCAUCGACAUGGCCUUCAAAUUCAACCAAACGAUGGACGGCGUCAAGAAUGGCGUCUACAUCAAGGACGAGGUGUUGAGAGCCGAUCAAAUGCGGUACAACGAGAAGCUACCCAAUUGGGAAAGCCAAAGCGCUGACUCUAUUGCCAACGUGAUCAAGAGGGAUCAGUCGCUCCCGCCUUGCAUCCUCGAUGUCCUCUGGCUGGUAGGAUCGGAAGAGGCGAGCCAAAUCGUGCGUAAAAGGGGGCUAGAAGUAUUGAAUGCCGACGACGAUGACCCUGAUCUGGCUUCUUUAUGGAGCGAGAGCAUUGCGAAGGGUAGAUUGUCUACCACACAGCAGCUGGCGAUCAAGUCUCAUAUCGAUAAGUUUUUCGAGACCUACACUUCGCUGUGGACGAACCAUUACAAGGCAACGCCAGGCAGAGCAAUAUCCAGAGCUAGCACUCCGCACGGAAAUGCAGGUAAUACUUCACCAACCAAGACUUCACCAGCCAAGAGGCAGACCGCCUCCAAACCUCCUCUCGACAGCCACGAUGACCACGGUGAUACGCUUGCUUCUCGGGAGGUCGCGACUACCGUUUUGCAUCUUUAUCAUUCCUGGCAAACCUCCAAAAUCGGCCUCGAUAUCUGCGGUGUUGAUCCCCUCAAGUCCGCUCGAGUCUCUCCUUUCCUUACUCCACCAACUUCAUCUCAAGGCUCCGAGCCCGGUUCUGUUGCAACAUCUAGCCUGCGAGGCGGUGGCGAACCUAGCAAUUAUAACAGUUGCCAUCUCGAGGCCAGGCUCACAACUCCCGAGCUUCGUUUUUACAAGCAGCUCGUCGCGAGCUGUCUCUACGCGACUGCGGUGGAGCAGACCAAAGGCGACAAGAGUCGCAGGAUCAAGAGGAUCAAGCUUGCCUUUGAUGUGGCGUGGCGCGAUUUGAUCGACUGCAAGGUCGCUAAGAGACCCAGCGUCACAAUGACAUAUGCCACCUACCAAUCCCUGCGUCUAAUGCGACAAGCUGCCGACGUUUGACAAACGAUGCCCUGCUCAUCUCUUCGCUUGCUUCGUGAUUUUUACGCCAUCAUUGCCAUCCAAAAUCUCUCAUGCUCGUGUCGCUUUGUUAGACUACAAUUGUACCAUUCACAUCACUCUAGAAGGGGUAUUCAUCAUUACAUGCUUGUCUAAAUACAAUG